CCAGGUACCAUGUCCGGGAUGAUUUCUUUGUGUGAUGUGCCUAUCUUUGCGUUGUUCGACACCGGGGCGACACAUUCGUUCGUCUCGGCAAAGUGUCUAGAGGCCAUAGGGGUCCGGGGAGUGAGUGCCAUCGACCCCCUCGAGAUCAGCCUAGCUUCGGGGAGGAAGAUAGUUACGAGCUCCUUGGCUGAGGAUCUUAGUAUGAGUAUUGGUGGCAGAACUUUAGAGGUGGAUGCGUUCGUGAUCGAGAUGAGGGACUUUGACCUCAUUCUCGGCAUGGAUUGCCUCCGUUCACGACCAACUCCAACUCGUCUUCCGGCGAAGUCACUUCACAAGCUUCGUCCGAAUCCGCUCAGCAGUUCCCGUUCACGACUAGCUACAGUCCACGUCCGACCAGCAGCAAUUUUAAUCUAUUUUCAGCAACUUAGUAGCUCAAGAUCCGGUCCGAUUU